CUUCCUUCCCACCAAGGCUUGGAGAGCUUAGCUUGUUUGACAAUGUCGGCGAGUUGGAACGGCGACCCAGAGAUCCUCGAUCUGGGGGAAGAGGAACUUUGGGAGAUGAUAGAACAGCACAGGUGUGUAAUCGUGAAAAAGCUGUCCCCGGAUCGUCUCACUCCGUACCUGCGCCAGGCCAAGGUUCUUGACGAAAUGGACGAAGAAGAGAUUCUGCAUUCUGCCAAGUUCUUCAACAGAGGAAUGAGGCAAGGACGUCUCUUGGACGUGCUCCGAACCCGCGGGAAGAAUGGAGCCAUUGCCUUCCUAGACAGUCUGCUCCUGGUCAAUCCUAAAAUGUAUACCUUCAUCACUGGGAAAGAGGCAUCCAUGGACCCAAACAGCUUUAGCAAUCUGAUCGAUAGCAGCCAGCUCCAUGCCUUUCUGUUGAAUUCCCUGCAAGAGGAGUUGCAAAAGGAGAAGCAACUGAAUGGGAUUGUCGUGCAUCACCUGCGCGACCUGUUGAAGAAAGUAAAGCGGCUGGAAGCAGAGAAGGAGUCCAUGCGCAGCAUAGAGACUGAAAACCAGAGACUCCGCAAGGAGAUGGAUGAGCAGAGCCAGAUACUAAGCAAAUUCAAAGAUAAGCAGUAUGAUCUGUCCAUGCGCUACUCGCUUGCCCUACAAGAGAAAGACACUUUGCAGACCAGGAACCAUGAGCUGCGGGAACAGUUACAUACUUUGAGAGAGGAACUCAACAGAGUACGGAUGGACCUCCAGAUGGCUCAGAGCUGGAAAUCCCAAGCGCAAUGUGAAGAAAACCUGAUGAUGUUGAGGAAGGAAAACAAUCAGUUGCGAGAGAGCUUGAAGCAGAUGCCUCUGGACACAAUCAAGCAAUCGGACCUGACUCUAGAAACUGCACAGGAGUUGAUGACGCAACUGAUCUGUACGAAGGAGAAGAUUUCCUCUUCCGAGACCUUGGAGAAGUUGUGGCAAAAGGAGAAAGAAGCCAUGCUGCAGGACAAAUGCAACAUUCAGGCGGAGAAUGAGGUCCUAAGAAACAAAGCAGAAGUGUUUCACAACCAGCUGUCAGAGUUGCAGAAAGAGCGAGACCAGGCUUACAGAUCCCGCGAUACGGCCCAAGCGCAGAUUAACCACUUUCUUGUGGAUAUGGACUCCUUGAGGCAACAGAUAAUGGAACUUACGGACUUCAACUCUGACCUCAGGCUGCAGGUUCGGAGUAUGGAAGCGCAGCUACAGACACAUAGGAUGACAAGUUGCCCACACUCCCCCGAGCAAAAGAAAUGCACAGAAUCCAAUCAGAAGCAGAGACUGGUCCGGAUGGAUGCCAUAUUCCCCUCUGAAGAUGGAGACAGGGUGUCCAAUUCAAGCUUUUCCGAGUCCUUGCAUGAUCUGUGCAUGCAGAACAGCCAGGACCUUGGGGAAAAUACCCAUCUUCAGGAGGGAUAUCUUAAGGAGCUCUCCAAAAGCAGCUCCCAAGAUCUCCCCGACCUUCUUCAGAGUGAGAAAGCCGACACAGACUCAGAGUUUGAGGAAGACAACAAAGGUCUGUCGAUGCUGCCAACCAUUGAGAUGGUUGAGAGCGGUGAUGGCUCCAGUUCUCUUCCAAUUUCCAUGCCGCGGAGACGCCAUGCACAAAGGAUGACCAGCCGGACCACCAUAAUAGCUUUCCAGGGCGAUAACCUCCUUAAGCAGAUCAGCAUCAUUGGGGGGAAUCGAACUGGAAUUUUCAUCCACCAUGUGACCAAAGACUCUGCAGCAGAUGAGAUGUCAUUGAUGCCGGGAUAUCAGAUUACAGCCGUGGAUUUCAAUGUCAUAAAUCCUACUUAUAAAGUGGACAUGGCCGGAAUGACAUCAGAGGACGCUCAUAGCACCCUGAACAGAGUCAACGGGUUCUGUUGCCUCUCCGUGCGAUGCAAAAUAGAUGAAUAUCGGAGGCUGUUACGGGACCUAGAGAAUGGGUCUGAGGUAUCUGGAGACUCUUUCUAUGUCCGCGUUAACCUGUCCAUGCCAGGCCGUAUAGGGGGAGGUCUACAAGUGACCUGUGGCGAAAUCCUUCACAUUAAAGACACCAUGUUCAAGAAUCGCUGCCAAUGGUUUGCUCAUAGGGUUAAUGCCUACACCUUGAAGGAUGGAGAGUCCGGGAUCAUACCCAACUACCGCCAGGCUCAGCAGCAGCUAAUUACCUGCGUCCAGCACAUGACCUGGCAAAUGACCUGGCAAAGUGCAGCUUGGCGGAAGUGUCGAAAGCAAGUGCGUGUUGUGAGUACAGACCGGUGCAUCUCACACCUGCUCUGGGCAUCUCUGGAUUGUGGAAUUUGUGAAGAUCCUUCCUCAGGUUCCACACUGGGAAGAAGUUGCCCCACAUUGAUGCCGUACACCUUGGUGACCCACGUAACGGUUACAAGUCCCCGGCCUGUGUUGUUCGUUCCUUCUCUGCUUGGGAGGAUCCUGAGUGAUAAGCUCUGUACCAGCAAGGACUUCAUGAAAUGCGACACAGAGUGCCUAACUGAUGCGCAGUACGCAGCGAGGUAUCAGCGCGGAGAAAUUAUCGGGGAGAAAGAGGGGGAGAAGGUCCGCUGCUGCUUCACCAGGCAGAACGUAGAAGCCGUGGCCCAACAGAACGCGCACUGCCUCUUGGAGCUCGGUCUUUCUUGCGUCUCCGUGCUCCUCCGGGCAGGAAUAUACCCAAUCAUCCUGCAUGUCCCGCUGACGGAGAAGAGCACAAAAAAACUAAAGAAACUGCUACAUUGGUGGAGGAACUGCGAAGACCUGCUUCUGGAGUGCGCUCACCGGGAAGAAACCGAGUUAGACUCGCUGCCCUGCUUGUACCGCACGGUGGAGCCAGAGAGCUGGAGUGACACCGAAUCUUUGAUCAGCAGCGUGAAGGAAGCCGUCACAGACGAGCAAAAACACGUCGUGUGGCUGGAGAAUAAGCAGUGCUGACCUUUUGGCUUCUACCACAAUCACGGAACUUCCUACCUAACCAGGAUUUCCUUGUGCUUCAGCGCAGAGAUACACAGUCACCAAGUAACGGUGGCUUAAUGAACUUAUGCGGCUAUCAUCCUCCAGCUUUUGGUUAACAACAUAAACAGAUACUUUACCAGUCUUCAGCUAUUGAUGAACUACAAACCCUCCGUUGUUCCCCAGCUAACAGGGUACUCAACGGUUAACCAGAAUGGAUAUUGUGGAGCCGACUAAGCUAAAUGCUUGUCGGAGAUUGACCCAGAAAGAAAGAGCAGCUUCAUUCCCAAUGAGACAACCAGCUCUGGAGAUGAUACCAAGUGUCGCGAAGAAUGUUGCCAAUGGUCCAAGUUGAUCCCAAGUGCACCUAAGGAGUUGACGUGGCCCUUGGGUCCAGUUUAACUGGACAAGCAUGUAACGUAACCACUUUAAAAAUGAAAUAGUAGAUCAUAUUAUUCUAAUAUCAGUCAUAUCACUUGCUUAUAUAGUUAUUAUGGUCCUGAUAAUAAGAUAUUGAGCAUCUGGUAAUAAGCAUAUAUUACAAAUAAAAUGUUGAGGUAUAAAUGACAAUGGUUUAAAAUAGUUUCAAGUGUUUGAAAAAGAAAGCAAGGUGCUAUAUCGCUCCAAUAAGCUAUAUUGUAUCAAAAUACACGUUUUCUUUUCAGCUCUAUACAAUCGUAGAUCAUUUUAUACAGUUCAUUAAGCUCCCUGUAUCACUUCUAAGCAACGGGGUGUGGGAAGUUUGAGGAAGAAGGGAGGCGGGUCUUAUAAAACCAAAAUGGCUGCAUGCGCACAGGGAUUCAAAAUCAACAGAAAGAUUAAAAAAAAACAAAAAACUCUAGCACUUAAAUACUCCCAAGAGCACUUUAUAUAACCAUGUAUGUAAAUGUGAAAAAUGAAAGCAAUUAAGGCCUAUUUCCCUUAAGCACUUUAGCAAUACAACUUAACCAGCAAGACUCGGGCUAGCAUAUGGGUCUCUAGGGUGGUUAAAGAAUAAAUUGAGUUUCGCCUUUAAGUCACAACUGGAGCAGUCAUGGUCCAAGCAAGAGAA